UAAUAUUAUAAAUGGAGAAAUUAAAUUCAAUAGCUGGAUGUGAAACCGAGCAAGUGGAAGACUCUAAAGAGUACAUUGUGCAAACCCGACUAGAAUCACUAGAUGUGAGCACCUUGGAUGCUGUGAACAACCAGUAUUUCAAUAGAUAUAUGAAAGGUUUUGACAAGAAGAAUGUCCAAGGAAACUUUGGGGACCCUAAUAAGAAGAUAUGAUUUAAGAAAGUACUUAAAAAGGGAGUCCAAGCCUACCGUAUAUCCAAACUGUCAUUUCAGAACGUGGCAAGGUGUGAGAAAAUGGCUACUGAAUUCUUAAGUGAAGUCAAGGUAGAAAAGAUUAAUAGACUAUAUUUCAAAGGCAAAAUGAGUUUAGUAGAUUUCAGUUUUUAUACCAGGAGUGCUACGAAGUUCAUCUCAAAGGCAAUUUUUGUAGUAAAUAUCGCUUUAUUCAAGAUAUCACACAAAGACUUUGGACGAAUCUUAAUGGCCUGCAAUAGCAAAUCUAAUUUACAUUUUAUGAAUUGUAAGAUCGCUGUUGAUCAUCUUGACUACCUUGAUAAUGCUCAUCCUUUGAUCACCCAACUUGAUCUAUACUCUUGUAAGAUUAUCCAGCCGGAAGAAGACACUAAGGAUCUUAAUGGGCUCGUCCAGAAGAUAGCAGCCUCUAAGCUGAACACUUGCUUAACAAAGAUGAUAAUUCGGCCUUCCCUUUGAUAUUUAAAGCGAGCACAACCAAUUAAGAAGAAGAUUUAUGAGAUCGGAAAUUUCACAGUAAAUAUUUGGUAA